CAAGCAGCCCCAGGAGAUGGGUGUGGAUGGAGCUCUGCCCCCUGACCCUGUUGCCAUAGAGAAGAUUCGCCACAAGUUCCACAACAUGUGCAAGAUGUACUCACCUGAGAAGAAAGUGUCUCUGCUUCUCAGUGUGUGCAAGCUUAUCUACACCAUAAUGGAGAGCAACUCAGGGAGGAUGUACGGGGCAGAUGACUUCCUGCCCAUGCUGACAUAUGUGAUGGCCCAGUGUGACAUGCCACAACUGGAU